GAAGCCUGUGUGUGCAUUCUUUGUGCCAGAACACGCAGAGAGAGACGGACGAUAACAAAGAAAGCUUAACAGUGACAGCACUAGUGCUCACGCUUAUGGAUCUCUUUUUUAGAAACAGCCGGAUUUGUUUGUUUGUAUUUACUUUUAAGGAUCUUUAACCCUUACUAUUAAAUUUGAUGUUUGGCAGAAAGUUGGUCUCCUGUGGAUAAGGUUUUGAUGUUCCCCAAUCCUUCCUGCAACCCCUUAUUGUGAUUGUUUAUUGGUGAAGUGCUCUCAUCAGAUACAAUCAUGGUGCUCAUUCUGGGUCGCCGUCUGAAUCAUGAGAACUCUGGUGGUGUGCCGGAAUCCCUGGCAAUCAAGCGUAAAGUCUUUGAGAUAGAGUCCAAGACCCUGAACGAUGUGUACAACUUCUCUUCCGGUUCCUCUCACUCUGAGAGUGUCCUUCAGGUCUUCAACGAGUUCCGCGACAGCCGCCUCUUCACGGACGUGAUCAUAAGUGUCCAAGGUCGCGAAUUCCCAUGUCACCGUGCCGUGCUGUCGGCCUGCAGCAGUUACUUCCGUGCCAUGUUCUGCAACGACCACAGAGAGAGCCAUGAGAUGCUUGUGGAGAUCAACGGCAUCCAGGCUGAUGCUAUGGACACAUUCCUGCAGUAUGUUUACACCGGUCGUGCCUGCAUCACCACCCACAACGUCCAGUUCCUCUUCGAGACCUCCAGCCUCUUCCAGAUCAACACACUGCGGGAUGCUUGUGCAAAAUUCCUGGAAGAGCAGCUGGACCCCUGCAACUGCCUUGGGAUCCAGCGUUUCGCAGAUGCCCACUCUCUCAAACAGCUGGCCAGUCGCUGCCGUGCUUUCGCCUUGUUGAAUUUUCCAGAAGUUGCUCAGCAUGAGGAGUUUCUAGAUCUUCACAAGGAUGAGCUGCAGGAAUACUUGGCCAGCGAUGAGCUAUCCAUUUCCAGGGAGGAGAUGGUGUUUGAGGCAGUAAUGCGUUGGGUCUACCAUGGCGUGGAGUACCGCAGACCCAUGCUGAAAGAUCUACUACAACAUGUCCGACUGCCUCUCCUGCACCCAAACUAUUUUGUACAGACGGUGGAAGGCGAUAAAUUGAUCCAGAAUGCUCCAGAAUGUUACCAGCUGCUGCACGAAGCACGUCGUUAUCACAUACUCGGCAAUGAGAUGAUGUCGCCACGAACCAGACCCCGCAGGUCUACUGGUUUCUCUGAGGUCAUUGUGGUGGUGGGAGGCUGUGAGCGAAUGGGGGGUUUCAAUCUGCCGUACACAGAAUGCUACGACCCUGUAACGGGAGAGUGGACAUCUCUUGCUAAACACCCCGAGUACACUAAGUCUGAGUAUGCAGUGUGUGCCCUCCGCAACGAUAUCAUUGUGUCAGGCGGACGCAUCAACAGCAGUUACGUCUGGAUGUAUAACUCUCAGCUCAACAUCUGGAUCAGAGUGGCCUCUCUUAAUAAGGGUCGAUGGAGACACAAGAUGACCGUCCUCCUGGGGAAGGUGUAUGCAGUUGGAGGUUAUGAUGGGCAGUCUUGUCUCAGUAAUGUGGAGGUGUACGACUCAUUCUCCAACCGCUGGACUGAGGUGGCCCCCAUGAAAGAAGCCGUCUCCUGCCCGGCGGUCACCAGCUGCGCGGGAAAGCUUUUCGUCAUUGGAGGAGAACCCUAUGAAAACAGCUGCUCCAAUAAUGUCCAGUGUUAUGACCCAGAGUCGGACAGCUGGGAGCUCAAGGCAUGCAUUCCCUUCACCAAACCCAAUAUCUCUGCCGUUUCUCUCAAUCACCUCAUCUACGUAUGCGGUGGCCUUACCAAGUCCAUCUACUGCUAUGAUCCUUCACAGGACCAGUGGAUGCAUGUGGGUCACACCUUCAGCAGACAGGAGAGUUGCGGUAUGUCCAUUUGUAACGGAAAGAUCUACAUCCUGGGCGGACGGGGGGAAAACGGCGGCGCCUCUGACAAUGUUGUGUGCUACGACCCAGCCUCUGGCAUCAUCACAUGCACAGCUGCUCUGCCUCGUCCCAUCUCCUACCAUGGCUGUGUUACCAUACACCGUUUCAGCGAAAAACAGCACAAACCCUGAAAGCAUCUGAAAACACCCAUCCAGACUGUCCCAAACAUGGAGCUGUAGACUCUUACAUGUAUAUCAACUUUGCAUCACUUAUAAUGAGUGCACUGAUAUUUUUUUAACAUGUACACAUCUACACUGUAGGCGUAGCUCCUUGUUUAACUGCUACAGUUGAUUUCAUCAUCGUGUCAAAGUUGUUAUUAACUGUAAGGCAACAGUCAAUGGAAAUAUCUGGAACAAGGAAGUAUGCAAAACAUUACCUUCCUCAUAAGUGAAAUACAUUCAGAGAAUGAGUCAGAUCUGAUGGAGUAAUCACCUUUGAUGUCCUGUAUUGACUCUAAAAAUGCACACUAUUUUUAUUUGUGUUUCUUUUUUAAGAUUUGUUUUGUCACCCCCCCCCCCCUUAUUUUUAAAUGUGCAUUUGUUGAGGCCUUUAAUUUUUUUUAUUUCUUUGUUAUUUUGUAGCACUAUUCUUGCAUAUUUGACAAUGUUUGUAAAGUCUGCAGACAGAAGCUUUUAAUGUGCUUUUUACAUCAUAUUAUUUAGCUUAUUAAGUAAAAGGAAGCACUUAAAUACUACAUCAGACAUGCUGUAUGAGGUUUUCAUGAGGAGGUUUUUGCAUUCUAAGCAUAUGAAAACCUAAGGCUGGAAACCGCAUACCUCAGUGAUGGACAGGUCAUUUUGGUCAAUGAAUUGUCACGUCAGGUUCUUAUAGGUUCUUGAUGAACCGUACAGCUGUGAAACUUUUUAUUUCUCUCCUGUGCAUCAGAUCUAUAUUUGAGUGUAUCUUUAUCUUUAGUGUGACAACCAGGACGUGCCUUUCUGAUCUUUUUUUUUUAUUUUUUAUAUCAGAGCCCCAAUCAUGCACUUGUAUGUACUAGUGUUAGUAAUGUAUGGCAAGGUAAAUGCAUUCUACUGUGCUUUGUGCUUUGUAAACAAUCUCAAAGCUGUAGAUAGCAUCUGAAUUUUUGAGGUGGACUGUCAGAAAUUCUUGUGUUUGCGUGUGGCUGCGCGUGGUCAAAUUAACCUGAAACUGUUUUCAUGUUUAGCAGUAAGAUAACUGCAGUCUCUGCUCUAGUACUUAUCAGUACUGGAAGCAGACAUUUACAUGUCAGAAUAAUUGUGUGGAAUUCAUCUGACUGUGUCAGGCAGGAUGCUGGCAGCUAGUUUACCUAAAGCACUGCGUCUCCUGUAUUUCUGCCUGCAACGACAUAAAUGUAAGUGUUUCUGUACAGUAUAUACUUAUUUAUGUUUUCAUAUACAUAAUGUUGAUUUGUCCUUCAAUCAUUUUGAUUAUUACCAGCUGUACUGGUCUAUACUUUUUGUAAAUGUUAUUUUGCCAACAUACUGUAUGUUCCAUUAUGCUAAUUUGUUAAAAUAACAUCUGACAACUUUUUACAACCCAGCUCUAUAUGGUUUGUCUGGGUUAGAUGUGGUGUUUUGUAGGAUUGUGUGGACACAGUUGGUCCAAGUUUUGAGUUGGUUUUCAGCUCAUUCAUAAGUAUAACCUGGUAAAUCCUAAAAAUGCAGUUUCGAAUUUCAUUUCAGUGGAAUGAAACCGUAGCUGUAAUUGUGUCUGAGUCCAAAGCAUAAGAAAUAUUGGACAUUUUUCAAAUAUACCAAUAAUAAUAUACCAUACUUUGUUAAACUGCAAAAGUGCCUCAAUAAUAAAAAAAGUUUAUUUGCAAUGA